AUGGCUACGGCAUCAUACUCGAGGCUUUUCAACACUUCCUGGACUCUACACCGUCUUUCUCCCCUGCAUCACAAGAAAGAUUGCGAGAGUCUCCUCAACAACCAGUCCGCUCUGAAUACAUACGCAACAAGAUUACGCGAUCAACUUACCGGCGAUGUUUUAGCGGGUCUCCAGGCCACUGCUAGCGCAGCAGAUGAUGACGCGCUGUCGAAAACUGGCAGCCUCAAAGAAUGUAAAUGGCAAUGCAUCUCAGCGGGGUCAUCCACACGCGACGCAUCACCAAGCCGACGCGCCGCUACAUCUCCCUUCCCCGGGAUCCUGGUGACACUACAAUACGAGAACAUAACCUACGAAGCUGCUCUUCUCGCCGAGGCAGAUUCCAACGCUCAACGGGAACCUCGCGAAGGAUCGACGUAUCUUCCGUUACUGUUGACUAAAUGUCCCAACGCGCUGCGACAAACGUUGAUUUCUUUCUUAUCGUCUAAUUUUGACACCUACUGCGCUCCCCUCCGCCUUCCGUCUGCUUUUCUCUGCCAAGGACUGGAAAUCUUCGUGGAUGUGCUGCGGUCCGAGUCUACAAGUGACGAAAUCGUGGAAGAUGUGAUCAAAGAGCUUCAGCUUACAUUAGCCUUUUCGGCAUUAAUUGCGCCCGCAUUGCGGACACUGAAUGUCAGCAUCUCGCGAGCAUCCUUGACUGGAUUCUUGCGCGCUGGUAAGAGUUCGUCGAGGCGUACUUUGAAGCAGAAAUUGGACAGCCCUUUGAUUGCCAAUAUUACAUCCUAUCUUGAGACGCAUCUUGCGAUGCAGCUUGAUUUAAAAGGCUCGUCGAAGAAUCAACCUGCUAAGCAGCAUGUCCGUUUGUCCAAAGCUUCAUGUGGGGCUUUUGUUUUGGGAAGCGAAGGGCGCAUGAAACUCGUUGUGGAUGUUUCUCGGGCAGAGGAUCAGGAUGAGGAUGGAGUCCCAGCUAGAAACAAGCUGGUUCUUCGUGCUAGCGAAACUUUGCUACGGGCCGUCAUUAGCAAGGCUGUCAUCGGAGAUCAAUCGGCUACAUGA